AUGGCGUUCGCCCAAAACCUCUCCAGAUUGAUAGUUCCCGUCGCUCUCGGCGCCACCCUUGUCCAGUCUUCGCUGUACGAUGUACCAGGAGGGUACCGAGCUGUUCUCUUCGACCGUUUCUCAGGUGUAAAGCCCAAUGCGUCCGGAGAAGGCACACACUUCCUCAUCCCCUUCAUCCAGCGCGCGAUCCUGUAUGAUGUCCGCAUCAAGCCUAGAAAUAUCUCCACUACGACCGGAUCGAAGGACAUGCAGAUGGUCUCUUUGACACUUCGUGUUAUGUCACGGCCGGACACGAGCCAGCUUUCCAAGAUCUACCAGAACCUUGGACAGGAUUACGACGAGCGUGUAUUGCCGUCGAUCGGGAAUGAAGUGUUGAAGGCGACGGUCGCGCAGUUUGAUGCCUCUGAACUCAUCACCAACCGAGAGAUCGUCUCGGCUCGGAUCAGGGACGAUCUCCUCACCCGCGCCAAGGAGUUCAACAUUCUCCUCGAGGACGUCUCGAUCACACACAUGACAUUCGGAAAGGAAUUUACCACCGCCGUCGAGCAAAAGCAAAUCGCACAGCAGGAUGCCGAACGGGCCAAGUUCGUCGUUGAGAAGGCGGAGCAGGAGCGGCAGGCGGCUGUGAUCAGGGCAGAGGGAGAGGCCGAGGCUGCCAAUACCAUCUCGGCGGCGAUCAAUAAGGCUGGGGACGCGUUUGUGCAGUUCAGGAAGAUCGAGGCUAGCAGGGAGAUUGCGAACACGCUCAGUCAGAGCAGGAACGUUUCGUAUAUCCCGAGCUCCAGCGGGAACAUGCUCAUUCAGGUACCGCCUCAGCAGGGAUAG